CAACUUUGUAAAUGCGAGGACGUCACGAUUGUCAAUGGAAAUGAAAUGAAAAAAAAAAAAAUCCACCAGUUUGUGUUUUGUUGAGAUGUGUGAUGUGUGUUGUUUCGCGGUUUAGUUUGUCCAUCGGAAUACGCACAUGUGAUCCUAAAAAUUUCGUAAACAUUUUGUGUUCUCAAAUUUGACUAAUUCUACGAUGAUUUUUGUGAUAUUGAAACGAGUGGAGAUAUUUUAUACUCACCCAUCUUCUAAUAUAAGCUAGGAUUAAAGAAACUCGGAAUUGAUUUUUAGUUCAAGCACAAAAAAAAAACACAUCAAGACCUAACACACCUAAUAGAAAAAAAAAAUCAAUAUCCUUCAAUACCAUAAGACUGAUCCAUCUAUAGUUAAAAGAAAAUCUGGAAAAAAAUUGUUGUUCGCACAAAGGAAGAAAAUCAACCACGGAACGCUGCAACACAAAACAAAAACGCUUCAGACGGGCGUUAGAUGACGAUGAAAUUUUAUUGCAGUUUCCUUUGCGUAUUUAUUGUUAUAACUAGUUGCAUUCUAUUCACCGAUGCGCAUUACACACAACAAUGGGCUGUGCAUAUACCAGGUGGAUCCAGUGUCGCUGACGAAGUGGCCAUGGAUCAUGGAUUUAUCAAUCAUGGACUGAUAUUUGAAGAUCAUUACUUUUUUUCACAUAGUGGAGUAGCAAGGCGUUCUCUAGAGCCUAAUCCAGAGAAGCGAGUCAAAUUAGCAGCGGAUUCCAGGGUGUCUUGGGCGGCUCAACAAAAAGCCAAAAAUCGAGUUAAACGAGACCAACAUCUUGUAGAUAUCGAUCCAAAAUGGGGAAAUAUGUGGUACCUGAAUCGAGGCAAUGGGUUAGAUAUGAACGUAAUACCAGCUUGGUUAGAAGGUAUUACAGGAAAAGGAGCAGUUGUUACUAUAUUAGAUGACGGCUUAGAAAAAGACCAUCCUGAUUUGGUGAAAAAUUAUGAUCCAUUAGCCUCGUACGAUGUUAAUAACCAAGAUUCAGACCCUAGUCCACGAUAUGAUAUGAUAGAUUCCAACAGGCAUGGUACACGCUGUGCUGGAGAAGUAGCUGCUACCAGCAAUAAUAGUAUUUGUGCUUUGGGUGUGGCUCAUGGUGCUCAAGUUGGUGGUGUUCGUAUGCUUGAUGGAGAUGUUACAGAUGCUGUUGAAGCUAGAAGCUUAAGUUUGAAUCCUCAGCAUAUUGACAUCUACAGCGCUUCUUGGGGGCCCGAUGAUGAUGGCAAAACUGUUGAUGGACCGGGAGAAUUAGCUACUAGAGCUUUUAUUGAAGGUGUUACCAAAGGUCGUAAUGGUAAAGGUUCCAUCUUCAUAUGGGCUUCAGGAAACGGCGGUAGAGAUCACGACAAUUGUAAUUGCGAUGGCUACACUAACUCAAUCUACAGUUUAUCCAUAUCCAGCGCUACGGAAAAUGGAAAUGUUCCUUGGUAUAGUGAAGCAUGCAGUUCUACUUUAGCCUCCACCUAUAGCAGUGGCGCUGUCCACGAGCGUCAGGUAGUGACAACGGAUUUACGCCAUUCUUGUACUAGUAGUCAUACUGGUACUAGUGCUAGCGCACCUCUAGCUGCAGGUAUUUGUGCUCUAGCACUUGAAGCGAAUCCCAAACUCACUUGGAGAGAUAUGCAACAUAUUGUCGUAAGGACUGCCCGACCUCAACACCUGACUGCAACUGAUUGGCAAGUGAACGGCGUUGGAAGAAAUGUAUCUCACAGUUUUGGAUAUGGAUUAAUGGAUGCUUACCUCAUGGUGAAGAUGGCAAGGAAUUGGGUUACGGUACCUGACCAGCAUAAGUGUGAAAUCAGUGCUCCAGAUGCUAUAAAGUCGAUUCCAGCCAGAAGCGUGGUGGUUCUUCCAUUGCAAGUGACUGAAUGCGACGGGGUUGAAAUCUUGGAACACGUCCAGGCGAAGUUGACGAUUUACGCUCAGAGACGUGGAGAUUUAAAUAUUCAGUUGACUUCUCCUAUGGGAACAAGAGUUACUCUCUUGGCACAUCGAGCCCAUGACAAUUCCAGAUCUGGAUUUAAUUACUGGCCCUUCAUGUCUGUCCAUUCCUGGGGUGAAUCGCCGUUUGGUACUUGGGAACUUAAAAUUCACAACGAUGGAAGGCUAAUGGCCAACAUUAAACAAUGGGAUCUAACCCUGUAUGGUACUGCCACGCCAACUGCCUAUGACUUGAAACAACAGGGGGGAGGAAUUUCCAUUCCAGAGCACAACGAAAUUAUUUCAGAUAACUCAAUAACUUCUUCGCCAAGUUGGAAUGGUGGAGCUGAGAAUCGCAAGCAUAGAUUAGAAGCAGAUGAAACAACUAGCUCAGGAUCGUGCAAAAAAUCUAACGGCAAUUUUUGUUUAGAAUGCUUUUCAGGCCAAACUCUAUACAAUGGUACUUGUCUGAAAAAUUGCCCAGAAGGUUAUUAUGAUACUGAAAAUAAAUUAGACAUACAAACUGAAAAAAGUGCUGCAUGUGCGAAGUGCCAUUAUAGUUGUAAGAGCUGUACAGGAUCCAUGGAUUAUCAAUGUACAGAAUGCUUCCCCGAUGCUCUAAUUUAUAAGGCUUCGUCCAAUGAAAAUUAUUGCUAUUCAAGGCAAGUUAUGGUUGAAAUUGUGUCUUCCAGAUGGUAUUACCGAGUCAUCUUUUUUGCACUUGGAUUAUGUGUAUUAUUUUUAAUAUUAGCUCUAAUUUAUUGCAAGAAAAAACAACCAGGUGGUUAUAAACGUAUUCAAACAAAUGAAGAGGAAGAUGAAAUUUCAAAGGCUGCUUUAAAUUAUCAUGACUAAAAAAUUAAAUUAUUAGGUAAGCCUGAAGUGUUAAAAAAUCUUAAACUGUGAUCUUUAACUUUUAAUCAUAUUUUGAUAAUAAUAGUUGAUUCUUUAUGUAGCAGAUUCAAUAGGAUUGUUGCAACCCGUCAAAAAACCGUCCCAGAGCGGUUUCGGAACCACUCCUGUAUACCAAUUUUGGUUUCUACGCAAAAAUUUUAGGUUUUGCGGAGAAUCCUGACUGUAAUAUUACGGGUUGGAACAAAGCUAUGAUUGCAUGUUUUAUCUCACCGCGCUGUAAAUAAACUAUUUUAUUAAUCUAAUAGUUUUAUUUUUGUGUCCUGGGCUUUGAUGAAUUGUUU